CAAAAAUAUUUGCUGCUGAACAGCCCGAAAAACAGAUUAUUGUUUCUCCAUCUUGCUUCGUUACUGUCGGUGAAAUUUUUUCGGUAGAAAUCGAGCAGGGACAAAGCAGCCAUGGCCGACAACGAUUUGUUGGACUACGAGGACGAAGAGGAGCAGGAGCAGACCGCCGGGGAGCCCAUCCCGGAGGUGAAGAAGCCGACUGGGGGCUACGUGUCCAUCCACAGCUCCGGUUUCAGGGACUUCUUGCUCAAGCCCGAACUCCUGCGCGCCAUUGUGGACUGCGGCUUCGAGCACCCUUCCGAAGUACAGCAUGAGUGCAUUCCCCAAGCGAUCCUGGGCAUGGACAUCCUGUGCCAGGCCAAGUCUGGUAUGGGCAAGACAGCCGUGUUUGUGCUGGCCACUCUGCAGCAGCUGGACCCUGUGGACGGACAGGUGUCUGUGCUGGUGAUGUGCCACACCCGAGAGCUGGCCUUCCAGAUCUCGAAGGAGUACGAGCGGUUCUCCAAGUACCUGCCCUCAGUGCGGGUGGGGGUGUUCUUCGGGGGCAUGAACAUCAGCAACGACGAGAAGCUGCUGAAGAGCAGCUGCCCCCACGUGGUGGUGGCCACCCCGGGCAGGGCCCUGGCUUUGGUGCGCUCUCGCAAGCUCCAGCUCAAGCACAUCAAGCACUUUGUGCUCGACGAGUGCGACAAGAUGCUCGAGCAGCUCGACAUGCGUCGAGACGUGCAGGAAAUCUUCCGCAACACACCCCACGAGAAGCAGGUCAUGAUGUUCAGCGCCACGCUGAGCAAGGAUAUCCGGCCCGUCUGCCUCAAGUUCAUGCAAGACCCGAUGGAGGUGUAUGUGGACGACGAGGCGAAGCUGACCCUGCACGGGCUGCAGCAGUACUACGUGAAGCUGAAGGACAAUGAGAAGAACCGCAAGCUCUUUGAGCUGCUCGACCUGCUCGAGUUCAACCAGGUGGUGAUCUUUGUGAAGACGGUGCAGCGCUGCAUGGCCCUCGCCCAGCUGCUGGUAGAGCAGAACUUCCCCGCCAUUGCCAUCCACCGCGCCAUGACACAGGAGGAGAGGCUUUCCCGGUACCAGCAGUUCAAGGACUUUCAGAAGCGCAUACUGGUGGCAACCAACCUGUUUGGCCGAGGCAUGGACAUUGAGCGGGUCAACAUCGUCUUCAACUACGACAUGCCAGAGGACUCUGACACAUACCUCCACAGGGUUGCCCGAGCGGGAAGAUUCGGUACCAAGGGCCUGGCAGUGACCUUCGUCUCCGACGAAACGGAUGCCAAGACAUUGAACGAGGUCCAAGAUCGCUUUGACGUCAACAUCUCCGAGCUGCCCGACGAGAUUGACAUUUCCUCCUACAGUAUGUACCGUUUUCUUUCCAUCCAUCUCUGCACUCUUACGAGGGCGACUUUUUUAAUUCUUUCUCUCCUCCUUUGCGUUGCAGUUGAGGGGCGCUGAUCGAGCCGUGCCGGCGUCCCGUCUUGAAGGCCUCCAGAGGCUGCCCCAUCCUUGUUUUGUACAUCCGUCUUUGCCAUCUCUCUGAAACACUUCGAGUUCAUCGCGAUAAGAAAAAAAAAAAAAUCAAGAAAAACCUUGUCAUUGUGUACAUCAUGUGUAUGUGAGUCUAAAUCAUAGUUUUUGUUUAAUGUGGCAUUGCCAAGAAGAAACCAGUGCUGUGUGGAAAUACAGUUUGUCACUCCCACCACCA